UCGACUUCUCUGUCUUUCUUUUCCAAUGUCCCACCGAGCAGGCUGAGCCACGUGUAUCCACCAGCAAAUUGAAUCACUUGUCUUCAAACGUCCAGUUCGUCGUGUUUCAUUGAAACACAGAAAGCAGCACCAUGGUGAAGUUAGCAAAGGCAGCAAAAUCGCCAGCAACUCAGAAGAAAAAAGCCCCUCCACCCCCGAAAGAAGUGGAGGAGGAAUCAAGUGAAGAGGAAAGCAGUGAGGAAGAAGAGACCCCUCCCCCUAAAGUGGUGAAGAAAGGCAAAGCUGCCCCAGUCGUCAAAAAUGGUGCUGCUGCCAAAAAAGCAGAAAGUGAGGAUGAUGACGAUUCUGAGGAGGAGUCUGAGGAAGAGGCCCCCCCACCAAAAAAGACCCCCGCUAAAGCUAAACCCGCAGCCAAGGCUGAGGAGUCAGAUGAUGAUGAUGAUGAGUCUGAAGAAGAGGCCCAACCCCCCAAGAAAGGAGCCAAGCCUGCAGCAAAGGCCCCAGUGAAGGCUGCACCUGCAGAGGAGUCCUCUGAAGAUGAGGAAUCUGAAGAAGAGGCUCCACCUCCUAAAAAGGGUGCUCCAGCUAAACCAGCUGCAAAGGCAGCUAAAGAGGAAUCUGAUGAUGAGGAUGAUGAUGAAUCAGAGGAGGAGAUGGACACAACACCUGCUCCAGCAAAGGCAAAGAAAGCAGGCAUGGUGAAGGCCAAGGAGGAGUCUGAGGAGGAGGAGGAGGAUGAUGAUGACGAUGAUGAUGAGGAGGAGGAUGAAGACGAAGCCCCAGUGACUGCUACAAAAAGGAAGGCAGAGAGCAAGAAGGACACGCCUCCUGCAAAGAAGGCAAAGUCAGAGGGCGAAGGAUUCUGUCUAUUCAUUGGAAACUUGAACUCCAACAAAGACUUUGAUGAAAUCAAAGAAGCCCUGAGGAAGUUCUUCACCAAGAACGACCUCGACGUUGCCGAUGUCCGGUUAGGUGGAUCCAAGAAGUUUGGCUAUGUGGACUUUGCAACUGAGGAGGACAUGCAGAAGGCUCUGGAGCUGAAUGGCAAGAAGAUCAUGGGUCAGGAGGUCAAGUUAGACAGGGCCCGAAGCAAAGAAAACUCACAGGAGGGCAAGAAAGAGAGGGAUGCACGCACACUGUUUGUAAAAAACCUUCCCUUCUCCGCCACUGUUGAUGACCUGAAGGAAGUCUUUGAAGAUGCAGUUGAUGUCAGACUACCUCCAGGCCAGAAUGGUUCAAACAGAGGCAUUGCCUACAUUGAAUUCAAAAGUGAGGCUGAAGCAGAGAAGAUGCUGGAGGAGGCUCAGGGAGCCGAAGUACAAGGGAGGUCCAUCAUGGUUGACUAUGUUGGAGAUAAGAGCCAGAAAGGCGCCAAGGUUGGAGCGUCUGCAGCAGCGUGUAAAACUCUGGUAGUGAAUAAUCUGGCCUUCAGUGCCACAGAGGAAGUCCUUCAAUCCACAUUUGAAAAGGCUGUCUCUAUAAGGAUCCCACAGAGAGAUGGCAGACCUAAAGGUUUUGCUUUUGUAGAGUUUGAGAGCACAGAUGAUGCUAAAGACGCCCUGGAAAAUCUCAACAACACAGACAUCGAAGGCCGAUCGAUCCGACUGGAGUACAGUCAGAACAGUGGCGGCAGAGAUGGAGGCAGAGGAAACUCAGGUCCAACAAAAACCCUCUUCGUCAAGGGUCUCUCUGAGGAAACGACCGACCAGACCCUUAGAGAUGCAUUUGAAGGUGCUGCAGCAGCCAGGAUAGUCACAGACAGAGACACAGGCUCAUCUAAAGGCUUUGGCUUUGUUGACUUUGACAACGAGGAUGACUGCAAGGCAGCCAAGGAGGCCAUGGACGACGGUGAGAUCGAUGGCUACAAGGUCACCCUGGACUACGCCAAGCCCAAGGGUGAAGGCGGCUUCCGGGGAGGCCGUGGUGGUGGAGGAUUUGGUGGUGGAUUUGGAGGACGUGGUGGCGGCGGCAGAGGAGGUCGCGGAGGUUUUGGCGGCGGCUUUGGAGGUGGUCGUGGUGGAGGCGGAAGAGGAAGGGGAGGUCCUCGUGGAGGAGGACGUGGACGUGGUGGCUUUGGAGGUGGAAGAGGUGGCGGCGGAGGAUUUGGCAAACCCCAGGGAAAGAAGAUCAAGUUUGAUGACUAAAUACUUAGUCUGUUUUACUUUUUGAAUGGACUCUGGUUUCAUCACUUUUCAGAGCUUUUGGACAUUCCAGAAAGCGUCAUUGAUAUAUAUUUAACUGUAAACGGGCAUUUUAGCCCUUUAUGUAGACCCUUCAAACCUCCCUCACCCUCCUGUGCCAGACUGGUACUUCUGAUCUUCUCAAGCUCAAGUGCUAUAUGUUAGCACUGAAUGUCCCUGUUGCAAACCUGCACCUCUCGCCCUCUUUAGCUUACUUGCUUUUCCGAAGGAGUUAAAUGGAAUGGGUCUGGCAAACAAGUUUGCUGUGAAAAACCGGCUCGUCUUUGUCAGAUGCAUUGUGUAAAUUUAAACAGUUUGUAUGAUUUUUCCAUUUUACCUUUUGUAAAGAAAAUACACUUGUAUCCAUAUGUUUUUGUUUUUAUUUUGUUUGUCGCUUAGUUUGCUUUAGGUGCCAAGUUUUACUGUAAUGUGCAAAGCAUAUUUUGAUAGAAGAUUUGAGUCAGUGCUCUGGAGUUGGGUGUUUAAAAAAAAUGGCAAAGAUGUUCUGUCAUGUUUGUUUGAUGGGGCACAGUCAGUGUCUGAGUCACAGAGGAUGAAUUACCUCUUGUCUAUGUAACAUAAAAUAUUUGUAGUGCAUUGACUAAUUUUUUCCCAUCUGAGAAUCCCAAGAUUUUCAAGUGAACAAAUAAAAUCUUGUAGGUGAUGAUUUUUAAA